GGGCUUGGUGGUUGGUUGCCGAGGUAACGCCUUCUCUCUGCGGUUUCAGGUGCUGACGUUCUGGGGAUUUCAUUUUAUAACAUGAGUUACAAAGCUAAAAAAUGCGGUAUUCGGUUUGAGCCGGCCGCCAUUAUCUUAGUGUAUGAGAAGACAGAAGGGAAAUCCAGACAGCGCAUUAUGCCCAUCAGGAAUUUCUCCAAAUUCUCAGAUUGCACCCGAGCAGCGGAGCAACUUAAAAACAACCCUCGGCACAGGCAGUACUUGGAAGGGGUAUCCCUGAAGCAGCUGGAACGAUUGUAUAAGUUAGUAAAGGCACAUCUGAAAGGUGAGAGCCUAGAGGUGAGCCUUGAGCUCAUCCAGAAGGAAGAAUCUAUCGAUCCGGAUGAAGACCUGAACAAACUGGACGACAAGGAACUCGCCAAGAGGAAGAACAUCAUGGAUGAACUGUUCGAAAAAAACAGAAAGAAAAAAGACGACCCGGACUUUGAGUACAAUGUAGAGGUGGAUUUUCCUCAGGAAGAGGUUGUAGAAAGCUGUGGUUGGGAUGACGAAUCUGAGCAGGGCUUCUGACCUCAGUCAAUGACCUCAGGACUGAUAGGUGAAAUGGCGCUAACGUUAUGUGCAUUUGCAAAGAUUUUGAAUUCUGAAUCCCCAUCAUGCAUUGCAUCACUACCUGUAUUACAGUCCAGAGAUGCAUUCACAAUUCCCCAGGCUUCAGAGCUGCAGUCUCCCAGCAUUCCUUCUGAUUUACAUAAGCUGGCUGACUAUUUGCAGUAUCCAUCUAUUGUACUGUGUGGCUCGUGGACUAUGAUGCAGUAUAGCAGGUACCGGUGUACAGAUUAGUAUACACCAAGAACUGCUGUAUACAUGCUGUAGGAAGAGCUGUUAAAGGG